AUGAAGCACCAGAAGUACAGGGUACAGGUGUUAGCCACGUGGCAUAAUGUGUUCCUUCCCAAACUGCAGAACAGAGAGGUCUUCAAGUAUUUCAAAGAGCUUAUCGGCCAUUUCAAACAGCAGGACCCCCGAGCGAUCUUAAAAGCUGUCAAUCCCAGAGAGGCCGAGUUGCUGGACGCUGGUGCUGGCGUGUUCAUAAGAUUUCGACUCGGAGGGAUUACCUUUCCUCCCAACAUAUAUUACAAGAUCUUCACCUACAGACCCAUCACAGACCUGUGUGCCAGCAGCCCGAAGGACUACACCCAGCCCAGCCUUAAGAAGCCUGUGUCCCGGCAGGAGCGACCAGGAUGGUACCAGCGCACGGAGAACAACAGCUGGAGGCUCUUCUGUAGCAAGGUGGUUCCCAUGAAUGAGUCCAAAGAGAUCGGUGCAAACAAGAAAAUGGAGUUUCAUUACUCCAGGUUGCAGCGGCAGCAAGACGUAGACAAGUGGCGGCAGGGGAGGAAAAUUGAAUGGCGGAAGAAGAUGUAUAAACAGGGCCGCCAGCAGACUCAACUGGUGCACCGACACAUGGCGGCGACGACGCUGGUGGUGAAUUCCGGACAGGAAGCAGUGGACGGCACUGAAGAGAAGGGUCAAGAGGAGGUACUGGACUUGGAGCUGGAGGAGAUGAUGGCCUGGACCAACACUCUCAACUUUGAGGAGUAUAUGCAGCAGUGGCUGUGUCUGGCCUGCAGUCACUCCUCUGAGCCGAGCCAUGGUGAACAUUUGAAGUGAUUGUCACGACGGGAUUAGGGUGGACCCAAAUGCACGACUCAGGAGACACAUUAUGCUGAUAAAGAUCAUUUACACACCACAGUGGAACGCUCAAGGGCUUGGUUUUAGAAACACAAGACAAUCUGGCAGAGGACAAGUGGAAGUGAGGGAGCUAAAUAGUGAGGGACUAAUGAGGGGAUGGGCUGCAGGUGAGAAGGGCGUGAGGACCAGGUGAAGGGAAUGAGGGACUAAUGAGGGAGAGAUCAGAGGCAGGUGAAGGGAGUUGGACUGACGAGAUGGGAAGCAGGAUCUGGAAUGACAUGAUAGUUUGUGACAGGAUGAAAACAACUAAUACAAAAAGGAAGGUGUGGAGCUAAACUGUUACAGUGAUGGCAGCACAUCUUUACAGAAACAACAGAAAUGACCUGUUACUUAUGGCUUUAAAGUAGACACUCUAAUGCCAUCUGCUGUUUACAUUUGGGACUAAAGAGCCUGCAUUUCCAUCCACGUAUCUCACCCGCUGUUAUACACAACCUAUUUAAGACCAUGGUUUUGUUUAGGUUUGACAUGCACUGGUCUGCUCUCUUUUUAUUCUGAUAUUCUUUCUCUCCCUUAUAUUCUGCUCUUUCCCUCCUCUGUCUCUACAGAUGUCCAUUCAUAUCCACCCAGGUUGGAUCCACAGGAGUUUGAUUCUGUGGCUGUUGAAGACAUAAUAAAAUAAUCUAUGUCAAAACCAUUCGGUUGCUAAUGUGCUAAUUGUGCAACUAAACACAUUGUUGUAGCUUUCUGAAGUCACACUUCAUCUCUAUAACAGGAGGAACA